AUGACCCGGAGAGCAGCUAGCAGGAAGAGGAAGGCGGCGCCGGGAACCGGAGAUCAGGCUGACUGGGACCAUGCCCCUCAGAAGCGGAGGAGGCUUCCUCUACAGAAGAAGUCUGUUGUGUAUUAUCUGAAAACCAGGGAACUGAAAGCUCAGGGUGACUGCAGCUACCACCGCUUGUUACGUGGCUGCGCUGCCCAGACCCUCCCCGGGAUCCUCAAGGAGAGAGAGUUUAAUCUUGGCACACUCAACAAAGUGUUCGCUUCACAAUGGCUGAACCAUCGGCAGGUUGUUUGUGGAACCAAAUGCAAUACAUUGUUUGUGGUGGACGUCUAUACUGGACAGAUUACAAAGAUUCCCAUAUUAAAGGAUCGUGAACCUGCCCAUACAGCACUGCAGAGCUGCGGUAUCCACGCCAUCGAGCUCAAUCCUUCUCGAACCCUUCUGGCGACUGGAGGUGAUAACCCCAACAGCCUGGCCGUCUACCGGCUUCCUACCCUGGAUCCUGUCUGUGUGGGAGAUGAGAGUCACAAUGACUGGAUUUUCUCUAUUGCAUGGAUUAGUGACACCCUGGCAGUUUCAGGGUCCCGUGAUGGUUCAAUGGCUCUGUGGGAGAUAAACGACGAGGUGAUGAAUAAAUGUAACUUCCAACACAGCCAUUCUCGGGUGCCGGUCUAUGCACAUAUUGACCACAAGGCUUUGAAAGAUAUCCCCAAAGAAACCAACAGUUCCUCCAACUGUAAAGUGCGCGCCCUGGCCUUCAACAGCAAGAACAAGGAACUGGGUGCUGUGUCCCUGGAUGGUUACUUUCACCUGUGGAAAGCAGAAACACACGCUAGCAAACUUCUCUCCAUCAAGUUACCGUACUGCAGAGAGAACGUAUGCCUGUCCUAUGGCCUAGAGUGGUCUGUGUAUGCGGUGGGAUCGCAGGGUCACGUUUCUUUCUUGGAUCCCCGACAGCCUCCACAGAACGUCCGAUCCGUGUACUGCAGGGAGCAGGGCAGUGGUAUCCGGUCGGUGAGCUUCUAUGAACAUAUAAUCACUGUGGGGACUGGACAAGGCUCCCUCCUGUUCUAUGACAUUCGAGCUCAUAGCUUUCUGGAUGAUUCUGUUGGGAAUAUCCAGCCUUCAAAGUCAAGGGGAGAGAUGCUGAAACUGACCACAGGAAAAGGCUGGUUGAACCAUAAUGACAUGUGGAGGAAUUACUUCUCUGACAUUGAUUGCUGCCCAAAUGCUGUUUACACCCACUGCUACGACUCGUCUGGAACGAAGCUCUUCGUAGCAGGUGGUCCUCUGCCAACGGGUCUUCACGGAAACUACGCCGGCCUCUGGAGCUAG